GGGAGAACAUGUAGUGUGUGAAAAGCGAUUGAUAUUUUCCUAAAAUGUCAGAGCUCUCCAAUUUAAUUUUGAAGGCAAAACCUUUAACUUCCGGUACGUUCACGUUAUCAUCACCGGCUUAAGUAUCUUUGGCUGAACUGUCGUUUGCUGAAAUGAGACGCACCUACGCAACGAGCUGGGACAGCUUCUGCAGGGUGGCAGUGCUUGUCGGGAAAUGUAGUACUAUAGUACGUGAAGCCAACGAAAGGGGUCUGUCGACGCCAGGAACUGAACUCAUUUCCCAUUAGGCUUUGUUUAUUUGCUUAUGUGGAGCACGGAAAUCUGUCUGAGCCGUUUGUUGUAUGGAUGUAUAAAGAGCUCUCUGCUGCCAUCUGUCGGAAAGGUUCAUGAAUUAGCUAAUUUCAGGUAAAUGCACUGCAUAUUCACAUAUAAGUUACCGGUAUUCACAUAUUUUGUCAUUGGAGCCACAUAUGAAAGGGUCUCAUUUACACUAAAAUCAGUCAGUCUUAUAUUUUUAAAACGUUAUUCAUGAAGGGCUCAGAGAAUCCACUGGUUCAUACACCUUUCACUGUCUUCCCAUUUCCAUUAUAAUUAUAUUACUUUACAUGAAAUUAAGUAAUUUUCAGAAGUAAAUAUUCAUAUUUAGUCAUGUGUUCUUAAAUGUAUGCGUUUGUGAAUUAUAUUAUUGUAUUAUAUAUUUUUUUAUGUAUAGAUAUGCAGUGUGCCCUACCUGAUCCUCUAUGUCUUAUAGACCUUUUCGAAAGCAGACAAUUUGACAUGUCAUUGCACAGGUGAAAUUAACAUUAAUUAACAUUGAUUGUGGCUGCAUUCCAUUUUGGUGUGUAGGUUUCAGGGCCCUGUUAUUGUGCAUGCUGGCUCAUUGGUUUUGCUUACUGGGACACUUAAAUGGAACAGAGCCAUCAUUAAUGUUAUCAGUAACACCUGUGCUUUUCCUACUAUGGCAAGCCAAAAUGUCUGCGUAGAAUUCUGACGAACUUGUGCUUUACUUUAAACUUGUAGGCCUACUUUAAAAUGGAAAUUCUUGUAUUUCCAUUUUAUGCUGCUUUAUACUUCAACUACACUACAUCUCAGAUGGAAAUAUAAACUUUUUACUACAUUUAUUUCACAACUAGAGUUACUAAUUACUUUGCAGAUUAAAAUUUCAUAUACAAAACCUAUGAUGAAUUUAUACAAUAUGAUGCAUUGCUAAAGAUAAAACUACCUAACAGUAUUUAAAGUAGAAUAGCUCCACCUCGACCAGCUAAAUCAUCAAAAUGCAACUAGCACAUUAAUGCAUUCAUGCAUGUAUUAACAAUCCAGUACGAUAUGUAAUAUAAUGCUCACAGGGGCCAUCAAUACUUCUUACUGCUUAGUGAGCUUUAGGAUUAUGGACCUACAGCUGAAAUAAAACUAUUGUGUUUACAGUUACAGAUGAGAGUGUACUCUCCUUACAGAUCAGCAUCACAUGCCUGUUUGUCAGGAUCACAAGACACAAUUCGUGCAAAGAUACUUGUUUUGUCCCUUGUUACUGUGAACACUGAUUUCAUAUAGUUGGAACAGUGUCUUUCUCAGAUUUCUUUUUUCUCUUGGCUCUGCACUCAACUGUAUUUGUCACAGUAAGACUGGUGAGAUAUGCCUGAAAAUCACAGUCAUGCCUGUGACUUUCUUUGGGCCUUAUCUCACCCUAUAUACAGUACAUGUCAUGCAUAGCUCACUAGUUUUGUCCCUGUUACUCUCUGUUACACUCAUCAUGUUGCUGAUGUUGCAGCCAAAGUGAGCUGUGCAGUUGGUGGUUUUAGAUGAGAGACAAUAUGUAACUUUAAGGAAAAUUAUUGGACAAAUUAUAUAAAUGUAUUUGAAUCAUUUUCUGGAUCUGUACAGAACAAUCAAAGACCUUCAGAGAUGUGCGUAUUUAUACUAAAUAUUACUCAUAAGUUGUAAGAUGCAUAAUCAAAAUUUAAUAAAAGUUGAUUACAUCAACUCAAACUAGAUAAUAGGAUUUAUGAUAUACUGUAUGAUUUAAUGAAAACACACAGUAUAUUUAUAGUGAAUAUUUAUACUAUGAUGCUAUACAACCAUGAAUAAAAAAGCAGUAUGAAGUAAGGAUAAACGUGCAAGAAUCCACACAUUUAGGUGCCAUUGAUACAAGAUGAAACAAGCUGAGAUCUCUGACAUCAAAAAUAUGUAUUGAAAAAGGUAUGGGAAUAGAUUGUUCUGCUCACAAUCAGAAUCUGAAUUUAGGUAUAGAUAUAAAUAAAUCCAGAAAGGGUUUCUGUCAGUUUUUACUAUAACAUGGACAGCAGCAUUUUAGGCAUGCAUUGGGAUUAUGGGCUUUGAAGUCUCUCCAAAUGCUGUACAUCGUAGUCUGAUCUAUCCUCAGUAACCUAAAUGUAACCAGCUUUAGCAAGGUGCGAGGUAAGCCAAUCAGAUUUGAUCUACUUGCUAAGUCAUUAAGGUCCCAUCAUUUGUAGCAGCAAGUGUGUUGAUUUCAUAAAUUCUCUGAUCUCUCUCAUGACAAAAAUUCAAAAUCUAUUUGUACUUAAUCACAACAAUAGAUGUGCAUAUCAUUAUACAGAAUACAGUAUAUUGUAGAUUAUAUAUUGUAUAUCAUAACAGUCUAGCAGAAGGCAAUAGUGAUGUGGCUAUAGUAUGAGUUUUUGUUGAUGAGUGGGUGAUCUAUUUUACACCUGCACAGUAAUAAGAUUAGUAGUCUAAACCAGUCAGGAAUAGCUCUACACUCCCCCCAGAGCCGCAGAGAGGAGGAACCUGUGCAUGGAGGUAAUCACAAAGGACACAAUCUCUGCUACUUUUCAACACAUUCUUGAGGUAAAUAUAUUCAUGUACUUGAUCUGUCAUCCUGGUGAGAUAGAUGGCUUUCCACAAAGGAGCAUACAGGAUCCUGUGGGUACUUGUGCUGCCCCACCCCGCUACACAGGGAUAAUCUGAGACAAAUCAAAUCACGUAAGGCCACAGGAUUGACUUUCCACAGAGCUGGAGAGGGAAAGACGACGUCAGAGCUGUGGAGGUUAAUGUCAGAAAUGUUGGCAACUGCGGCUGUGAACCAUUUGUUUUCUCAGAUGGUGGUUACAAGCAUCUUGUCUCACUUAAUACAGGCUCUGCUAUGACUGUGGAUGCCAGCGUGAGUGGCUUCAUAUGGCACUCCAUGCAAAGACAAGAGGUGGAUCUCUGAUGGAAUACAUCAGAGCCCCCAGGGCGAAGUACACAAUAGUAGGAGAAGCUAUACGUUAUGUCAUCCCUGGACAUAUGCAAUGCUCAAUAGGCUGUGGAGGUAAAGCCUGCAAGUAUGACAACCCAAGUUACUGGAGUGAUGACCAACAGGCCAUAAAAGGCCUCUACUCAUCCUGGGUUACUGAUCAUCUUCUUGCUAUGUCCAGACCCUCAACAGAAAUCAUUGAGAAGUAUAACAUCAUUGAUCAAUUUAGAAGGAAUGGUAUUAAAACAGUGAUCAACCUACAGAUACCCGGUGAACAUGCCAGCUGCGGAAACCCUCUGGAGCCAGAGAGUGGCUUUUCAUACCGCCCAGAGGUCUUCAUGGAAAACAAUAUUUAUUUCUACAAUUUUGGCUGGAGUGACUAUGGAGUGGCCAACCUCACCACUGUGCUGGACAUGGUGAAGGUCAUGGCCUUCGCACUGCAGGAGGGAAAGAUAGCAGUCCACUGUCACGCUGGUCUCGGCAGAACAGGUGUGUUGAUAGCAAGUUUCUUGGCCUACGCUACCAGGAUGACUGCCAACCAGGCUAUUUUAUAUGUACGCGCUAAACGCCCCAAUUCCAUCCAGACCCGUGGUCAGCUGCGUUGUGUCAGACAGUUUGCCCAGUUCCUUGCCCCAUUGAGGAGUGUUUUUUCCUGUGCCGAGCCUCGAUACAACCCAGUCACCCUGUUCCAGUACCUGAAUCGCCAGAGACACAUACUACAUGGCAAUGAGAGGAAGGAGCUAAGGCACCUGCCAAAGAUUGUCCAGCUAGUGUCUCGGCUAUUGUUGGACAUUGCAGAGAACCGACAGGUGAUAGAGGAAGAUAUUCUGGAGGCCCCUGAUAUUCAUGAUAUAGAGAUGACUCUCAGCAUCAUUGAGAAGAUGGGCCCUGAGUCAUUUGCAAAGGAGCCCCGUUUACCAGGUAUGCCCACCUUACCGAGACAUUUCAAUGAGCCAGCCAUCUUCUACCAUCGCAAAAGUCUGAGCUACAGUGAGUCUGAUUUGAGACGACUGGGCUCACAGCUCAACCUCCUCACACAACCUCUUGGCUCCUUGUCACAUAGUAAUGUUGAAAUGUCCAUUUCCUCACCCGUGGCCUCUGCACACAAUGCAACCCAUUGUCAACGGUGGAAUAGCAACACAUCUGACAUCUCAUACAUCUCAACAGGCUCACUCUGGCAAAUCAAGAAUGUAGAAAACCAAAAAGAUAGAUCGAUUCUGCUGAAGAAGGUGAAGCGGAAAACUAUCCAACGUAGUGAGUCUGUGGGACACAAUCAAUCUACCAAAAAGGGUAGCAUGUUGUCCAGGUGGAAGGCAGAGCAGAGGGAAGAGUUAGAAAUGAAUGGGAUGUCUUACAGUAGAGAAGAGGACCUAUCAGAGAAGUCAGAGGUGCCCUUCAUCACCCUGCAGUCAGAGUUGUCCCUGGAUGCCAGGAGGUUGCUAGUGGCACAAGCUCUGGCAGUGGACCUUUUUCUUGAUGGGGAAGAAGAGCACAAGAGCAAGGUCUUGGCCUGGCAGGCAGAACUGAACCAAGGCGGUGGCUGGGAAAGGCUGUGUAUGGAGCGGGAUCCAUUCAUCCUCACUGGGCUCAUGUGGGCAUGGCUGGAGCAGCUCAAAGAGCCAGUCAUCUCCAUCCAGGAAGCCAAAGCCCUGAACCUCAACAACACUGAUGCUCAAACUGUGCUCAACAUACUUGACCAGGCCCCUAAGGAAACAUUAACAUGCAUACUAGAUUGUAUGGCUCAUAUGAUGACGAUACCAGAAGAGGUUGAAAACACAUUCCUGAAUCGUAUUAUCAAGGCUUUCACUUGGAUGGAAAAUAACUCAGAGGAUGGAACCCAAGUGUACGAGUCCAUGACUACAGUCCUACGGUGUGUCCUUGAGGACAUGAGAUGUGUGGCCAUCGAAGCAGAUGAGACACCUACGUCUCCCUUCCCUUUAACAUAGGUACCACCAGUCAUGUAUAUGCGGUGCACUGCCUGUACUCCGUGUGGAGGCAUGAAAGAGAAAAGAAUGCUUUUGUGCCUUGUGACAACAUUAUUAAAUAUGUAAUGUGGGCUUAACAUAAACAUUUAUGGUAUAUAGAUUAUUGUCACUAAUACAUAACUAACACGCCUCAGUAGUGUUUCUUACCUUAGUUGUGAGUGGAGAUGACAUAUUUAAGAACAGGUGACCAAAAUCUAUUUUGAAUACAUUAUGCCUUAAGACUGGUCACAUUCAACACUGACAUACCUCCACUCCAAAAGCAUAGUCAUAGAACAUUAUACCCAUACAUGUACAGACUUUCUUUUAUUUUCUUAACAAGCAUGUUGUUUCCACAGUGUAUCAAUGCUUUUCCCAUAACAGUGUUUCUCAUCUGUAAUAAGUGUUCUCAUUUUGUUUCCUAUAAACAUAGAGUUACCAAAGAGCAUAAUGUGAGCAUGUAUGAUGAACAGUUCAUAAUAAAAGCAACUGUUCCUCCUUCCAA